UUCCCAAACACUCCCCUGAACACAGCAACGUUGGGAUUUGUGCAGGCAUUGCCCAUCAAACACAUUUACACCACUGUCCAGAGGAGUUGGUUCUUGUUAGGGGCCAGUGAAGGCAGUGGUGCCCAGGCCUGCCUGGUCUCCCUGCUGCCCUGUGCCCCCAGGCUCAGCCCUGUGUGUGUCUGUGCCCAGUUUUUCACAGGCUGGUGGAUCAUGAUCGAUGCUGCCGUGGUCUAUCCCAAGCCGGAGCAGCUGAACCACGCCUUCCACACCUGCGGGGUCUUCUCCACCCUGGCCUUCUUCAUGAUAAAUGCUGUAUCAAAUGCACAGGUGAGAGGAGACAGCUACAGUGAUGGAUGCUUAGGAAGAACAGGUAAAUUAACUCUACAAGUCCUGCUCAGGGGAUCAUUUACCUGCUGGGGUUUUUCCAGCUCCCAGGAGCUGGAAUAUCCUGUGUUUCCUCUGUUCCUCUCUGCAGACACUAAUGUGUACCCUGGAUUAGCAGUGUUUUUCCAGAAUGCAUUAAUAUUUUUCAGCACCCUGAUCUACAAGUUUGGGAGGACAGAAGAGCUGUGGGGCUGAGCUCCCUUGGCCACAGCUGCCACGUGGUUCUUGUGUGUAGAUAACUCACAGUCCCUUGUCCUUGGUUUGCUUCCCGGCCUGGUGGAACUGAGACAAUUCCAGGCUCUGUCUGAAGGCCUCCCGUGCCAGGACACACCCGUGAAUGUGUACAUAGGACAGGAUCUGUCCUUUCCCAGGGAAGGGCAGGCUGCCAAGCCUCCCCUGCUCAGGCUCCAGCUUCCUCCUGCAGCUUCUGCUCCACAGCUCCACCCGUGUCCAGGCUUCUGUGAACAGUAGUGAGCAACCAGGACAGAGCCAGCCCAGCCCUGCUGGGCUCAGAGCUGAUUUUAAACAUUUUAUAUUAUUGUUCAGGUAAAAAUAAAGUAGAUUUUUUUUUCCUUCUUUUGGGAAAAGGUUAUGGGUUUUUAAGCGAGUCCCUACACUCAGCAGGUUGUGCAUGGCAAAGCAAAGUAUUCCUGACUUGUGAUGGCUCUGGCACAAAGGACAUUUGCUGGCACCACAGUCCUUGGAAUUAAUUUCAUGCUGCUCAGUGUAAGAGAUACCAGUUGGUAUUUAAUGUAUUUCCUGAUAUUAGAAUAAAAAAACUCCAACAAACUGAUGCCAGGUGUAGUUGAUGUGGAGAAUAAAUGAGUCAGAGCAGUGUCUUGCUACUCCUGCCAGUGGCACUGUCUGCAGGGGCAGCUGUUUGCUGAUAAAUCAGUUUUCCUGACUGUUCCCUCUGUGCUUACAAGGAAGUGAGGUAUGGAUGGAUUUAUUGCUCACAGUCCAAGCUUGUAAUAAUUUCAAGUUUCAAUAAAUUCUAGGAGUGACUCACA